ACACACAGUCAAUGAGAAAAGGGCUCUGAGUCGAAGGGACGCUGAGAUCUCAGGUAAAACCCCCCCACCCCAGCCCAGAGCCGACCCCCCCCACCCAACCAACCUCCAAGUUAAGUCUCCAAACAAGGACGACCAGGAGAGAGGACCAAAAAAAAAAAAAAAUCCGAAAACGAAGAGAAGGAACGAAACGUUUUGAUGAAUAAGGAUUUUUCGAAUAUUCGGAUACAACGCUGGGGAUAUCGGGAGAGGAGGAAAAACACUGCACUAACACAGAAGACAAUUUUCUUUUGCGCUUGACGAGGGAAAAGUGGACAUUUUCGGACGGAGAUGAAGGCGAAAAAAGGUUUGAUGAUGCUGUCUGGGAGUGAGACGGAUGAUGAAGACAGCGUGGACACCCCUCUGGAUCUGUCAUCCAGCACGGGGAGCAACGGGAAGAGGAAACGGCGGGGCAAUCUGCCCAAGGAGUCAGUUCAGAUCCUCAGGGACUGGUUGUACGAGCACCGUUACAACGCCUACCCCUCUGAACAGGAGAAAGCCCUCCUGUCCAAGCAGACUCAGCUCUCCACACUGCAGGUGUGCAACUGGUUCAUAAACGCACGGCGGCGACUGCUCCCAGAGAUGCUGAGGAAAGAUGGCAAAGAUCCCAACCAGUUUACCAUAUCCAGGAAAGGUAGUAAGGCUGGCGACAGCUUCUCUGACAGCUCCCAGUCCCCGAAACACAACAGCCCUGCAGCCGGUACAGAGGAGAGCUACGACAAACGUGUUCUCCACCCCUCCAGCUUCGAACCCGCCAUGCCCAGUGUCCUGAGGAAGGCCGUGUCCCCAUCCAUACCCUCUCCAACUUCCACGUCCCCCUCCCCGGGGCUCAUGCCCACCCGCCCUUCUGUCAUCUGUCACACCACUGUCACCGCAGCGAUGCAGGCCAGCCCGACAGCCUCCCACCCUUCAGUGCCAGGAAUGAACUGCGACAGGGCAGCUGAGCUGUUGCAGUCUGCACAGGCGCUGCUCAGGUGCCAGGAAGAAGGGCCGGGCGGCCAGCCCCACCCCACCACUACCACCAUCCUCAGCAGCACCGGCAUGGAGGGCAACCUGAGCCCCCGCAGCGGGCUGUUCAACACCCCUCCCCCCACCCCUCCAGACCUCACACAAGACUUCAGCGGCUUCCAGCUUCUGGUGGACGUGGCCCUGAAACGGGCUGCAGAGAUGGAGCUGCAAGCCAAACAGCUGGUCUCCUAAAGGGAGAAAGCGACAGAAGAAGAAGAGGAGAUGAUGGAGACUGACUUUGUGUCUCGACUAUGGAACUCCUCUGAGUUCAGUGACUUGUCUGCACGCAACAGAGAACAAAUCCACAUGAAAGCCUGAUCAUUUCUAUUUUUGGUAUACCAAUCAAAUUGAUGAGGAUGUUUUUUUUAUUAAAAAAAAAAAAAACUGUAUUGAGGUGCCUUGGCUGUAAGUUGUUUAUUCAUUUCAUAUACAUGCGUAUGUAUCUACAUGUGUAUCUUAUUUGCACACAGGGACCAAAAAUGUUAUCAGAGAAAUGCUGCCUGUCUUAUGUCUUUCCAUUAUACUGUAUAUCGUUUUAGAGAACGGAGCAAGAGCUAGAAUCAGCCCUCCUUCACAGACCAAUCAGACAGGUUGGUCGCAUCCACAUACGUUUACUGUUUCACAUUUCAGAGAUCAGUUCAUGAUUGGUCUGCCUCGUUUGUUUGCACACUAAAGGCAGAGGAAGGUCAUCUCAGUGUCUUAAACAUACUUUGCUCUUGGCAUCUAUGACAAACUUAUUCACUACUGUAGUAAAUGUUAUGUGUUUUCAUGAGUAUGAGUAUAGUUUUGAUUUUCUAAUUUACUUUUACUUUUAGCUAUUUUAAAAGAAAAAAACCUCUAUGCUUUUUUUUUUUUUUACUCUUUUUCCCACCAAGGGAUAUUUCAGAUGACCAAUGUAGCAGGUUCUUAGUCUGAGCCUUCAUCCCAUCACUCAGCGAAAACGACGGCCAGUGGACUGGAAAAUUAAACACUACAGAUGUCUUUUCUGCAUUUGCUGUUUUACAACCUGACAAAGACAGCGUUUUUUGAAAUCACCAAAAAAAAACAACAACAUUUUCAUGUAUAAUAGGACCAUGUGUAUAGUUAAUGUGACAUGAUGCCCAAUGAUGUGAUUUCUUUUCAUACUGUGCAAUGUUUGUGGCAAAUAGGGGUCACAUGGGAUUCAAAUAAAGUUUUGUUUUUCUACA